GUGUCAGCAAACCAGUAAACAGGCUGAACGGUUAAGCUGCUCCAGCUGGGAAACAACAGGCAGGAUCAACUGUGAGUGAGUGAGUGACUGACUCUGUUUCACAUCUUUUGUGUGUCAGGGUAGCUGGCUGAAUUUAAGAUGACCUGUUCACGUGUUGUUCAGACUGCUGAGGGGCUGACAGGACUCCACUAGAAGAGGAUCAAACUCGCAAUCAACUGAACCACAUUAGAUACAGACUCACAGAGCAAGCUAAGCAGACCAUAGAGGGAUCCUGACACAGCACAGGACAGAGCACUUGGAUCUGUACUGGUUUCUCAUAAUUCAGGUUUACUGCAUCCUGGUCGGUGAGGGCACAUUCUCACGGAAGCCACCAUCCAGAAGCCAAAAUGGCUGACAGUGUGAAUUCACUGCCAUUCUUCUAUGGUAACAUCACCAGGGAGGAGGCAGAGACCUACCUGCAGCAGGCAGGCAUGGGCAACGGCUUGUACCUGCUUCGGCAAAGCCGCAACUAUCUCGGAGGCUUUGCGCUCUCUGUGUAUCAUUCAGGCCGUUGCUACCACUACACCAUCGAAAGGGAACCAAACGAAACAUAUGCUAUAGCCGGCGGGAAGAGCCACAGGAGCCCUGUGGAUGUGAUUGACUACCACUCCCAGGAGAUGGACGGCCUUGUGUGUCUGCUCAAGAGGCCCUGCAACAGGCCAAGGAACAUGCAGCCAAAGGUGGGGCCGUUUGAGGACCUGAAGGAAAAACUGAUCAGGGAGUAUGUGAAGCAAACCUGGAACCUGCAGGGGGCAGCUCUGGAGCAGGCCAUCAUCAGCCAGAGACCUCAGCUGGAGAAGCUCAUUGCCACCACUGCACACGAAAGAAUGCCCUGGUUCCAUGGAAUGAUCGCACGAGAAGACUCUGAGCCCAGGCUUCAACAUGGCCCCCGUACGAAUGGGAAAUUCCUGAUUCGACAGAGAGACACAAAUGGAUCCUAUGCUCUGUGUUUGCUACACGAAGGACAGGUCAUGCAUUAUCGCAUUGACAGGGACCGGACCGGAAAGCUCUCUAUCCCAGACGGCAAGAAGUUUGACACCCUGUGGCAGCUGGUGGAGCACUACUCGUACAAACCAGACGGCCUGCUGCGAGUUCUCACAGAGCCCUGUGCGAGACCUGACGGAGAAACAGGGCGGCCACUACUCCCACAGGACCAUCCUGGACUAAGUUCUGCCCUUCAAUAUGCAGCAGGUGGAAUUCUCUCCAGACUCAAAACUGUUCCCAUACCUGGCUGGAAAAAGAACUCUGGAUCUCGACCCAAGCCCACAGAAAAUCUCAAUCCCUACGAAACCAGGGUGCCCUAUAAUCAAGCCGACAGCAAAGAGGCCAUGCCAAUGGACACGGAGGUGUAUGAGAGUCCAUACGCAGACCCAGAUGAGCUGAGGAGCUCCACAGUGGAUCGCAGCCAUCUUUUCUUGGAGGACGGCGAACUAGGCUCUGGCAACUUUGGCACAGUCAUGAAGGGCAUCUACAAGAUGAGAAAGACCGAGAAGCCAGUCGCGGUGAAAAUUCUGAAGAACGAUGAUAACAACCUGUCAGUGCGUGAGGAAAUGCUGCGAGAGGCCGACGUCAUGCAGCAGCUGGACAACCCUUACAUCGUCCGGAUGAUCGGUAUCUGCGAGGCCGAGAACCUCAUGCUGGUCAUGGAGCUGGCUGAUCUGGGACCUCUCAACAAGUUCCUGCAGAAACACAAGCAAACCAACAUAAAGAACAUCACAGAGCUGGUCCACCAGGUCUCCAUGGGGAUGAAGUACUUGGAAGAGCAUAAUUUCGUCCACAGGGACCUCGCUGCCAGGAACGUGCUGCUGGUGACCCAGCACUACGCCAAAAUCAGCGACUUUGGCCUCUCCAAGGCUGUUGCUGAAGACCAAAACUACUACAAGGCCAAGGGUCAUGGGAAGUGGCCAGUGAAGUGGUACGCUCCCGAGUGUAUAAACUACUUCAAAUUCUCAUCCAAAAGUGAUGUGUGGAGCUUCGGGGUUCUCAUGUGGGAGGCCUACUCCUAUGGCCAGAAACCAUACAAGGGAAUGAAAGGAAACGACGUCAUGCAGAUGAUCGAAAGUGGAAACCGUAUGGACGCCCCCGUGAACUGUCCCCCAGAGAUGUAUGACCUCAUGAGAACCUGCUGGACGUACAAGGCAGACGAGAGGCCUGGAUUUUCCAUAGUUGAGCCGAGACUACGAGAGUAUUAUUAUGAUAUUGCACAGUGAUUCUUCACAUUGAUGUUAUGAGACUAUGCAAAAAAUAUUGCUUGAUGAGGAGGAACAGCAUUUAAUAAUGUACAAAUGAUUGUGGAUGGUUCGGAAAUAUAAAUGCAGCUGUAACAUCCACGUUACAAGCCAACGACUAUACGACUAAUUCAUUAGGUAGCUGUGUAUGUUUUAUACUGUAAGUGCAUUUUAUGUAUUAAAGCUCCACCAUUGCAAUGUCAUUAUAAUUAAACCUCAAAUCCUUCAAUAAAGGCCUGAUUGUUUCAGAG